AUGGAACGCGUUUCUGGCCACGUGAGCGUUUCUGGCCACGUGAGCGUUUCUGGCCACGUGAGCGUUUCUGGCCACGUGAGCGUUUCUGGCCACGUGAGCGUGUCUGGCCACGUGAGCGUGUCUGGCCACGUGAGCGUGUCUGGCCACGUGAGCGUGUCUGGCCACGUGAGCGUGUCUGGCCACGUGAGCGUGUCUGGCCACGUGAGCGUGUCUGGCCACGUGAGCGUGUCUGGCCACGUGAGCGUGUCUGGCCACGUGAGCGUGUCUGGCCACGUGAGCGUGUCUGGCCACGUGAGCGUGUCUGGCCACGUGAGCGUGUCUGGCCACGUGAGUGUUCCUGGCCACGUGAACGUGUCUGGCCACGUGAGCGUGUCUGGCCACGUGAGCGUUCCUGGCCACGUGAGCGUGUCUGGCCACGUGAGCGUGUCUGGCCACGUGAGCGUGUCUGGCCACGUGAGCGUGUCUGGCCACGUGAGCGUUCCUGGCCACGUGAGUGUUUCUAGCCACGUGAGCGUUUCUGGCCACGUGAGCGUUUCUGGCCACGUGAACGUGUCUGGCCACGUGAGCGUGUCUGGCCACGUGAGCGUGUCUGGCCACGUGAGCGUGUCUGGCCACGUGAGCGUUUCUGGCCACGUGAGCGUGUCUGGCCACGUGAGCGUGUCUGGCCACGUGAGCGUGUCUGGCCACGUGAGCGUGUCUGGCCACGUGAGCGUGUCUGGCCACGUGAGUGUUCCUGGCCACGUGAACGUGUCUGGCCACGUGAGCGUGUCUGGCCACGUGAGCGUUCCUGGCCACGUGAGCGUGUCUGGCCACGUGAGCGUGUCUGGCCACGUGAGCGUGUCUGGCCACGUGAGCGUGUCUGGCCACGUGAGCGUUCCUGGCCACGUGAGCGUGUCUGGCCACGUGAGCGUGUCUGGCCACGUGAGCGUGUCUGGCCACGUGAGCGUGUCUGGCCACGUGAGCGUUCCUGGCCACGUGAGUGUUUCUAGCCACGUGAGCGUUUCUGGCCACGUGAGCGUUUCUGGCCACGUGAACGUGUCUGGCCACGUGAACGUGUCUGGUCACGUGAGUGUUUCUAGCCACGUGAGCGUUUCUGGCCACGUGAGCGUGUCUGGCCACGUGAACGUGUCUGGCCACGUGAACGUGUCUGGCCACGUGAACGUGUCUGGCCACGUGAGCGUGUCUGGCCACGUGAGCGUGUCUGGCCACGUGAGCGUGUCUGGCCACGUGAACGUGUCUGGCCACGUGAACGUGUCUGGCCACGUGAACGUGUCUGGCCACGUGAACGUGUCUGGCCACGUGAGCGUGUCUGGCCACGUGAGCGUGUCUGGCCACGUGAGCGUAUGUGGCGAUACUAGAGCGACCUUUGCUUAUACUUUUCUUAGAUGGUUGUUAAUACUAACCGUCAGAAGACGAGGGGAAGUUGCUGGAGAGUCCCUUGUUAAACCAAGGCUGCAGGGCUGUUUAUGUGGGAUUUCUUCUCGAUUGUUAAAAACUAUUUUGGUUGUUAAUGCUAGUAACGAGGUAGUGUUCGUUUAA